CACCCAGUGAUCACCAAGUAUCACUGAUGGGGGAGAGACCUGUAUGUAAACAAUACAGAUCUAUCCCCUGUCAGCUCCAGCACACUGUUUUAUAUGGCUCUGCAUACAAAGCAGCGUGCUUACACUGUCAAACACACACACAGUAAAACACACACAGCACACAGUUAACCCUUUGAUCGCCCCACAUGUUAACCCCUUCCUGCCCAGUGCCAUUUGUACAGUGUCAGUGCUUUUUAUUAGCACUGAUCACUGUAUUGGUGUCACUGGGGAUGUCAGUGACUAUUAGUUCCCCCCCAGUGUCAGAAUGCACGCCGCAGUCCCGCAAU